ACGCCGCUUGAGCAUCGAAACGUCGAUUCUAGCACCCCAGAGCUUAGGGCGCUGAUUUUGUUGGGUGCCUGUAGCCUAGACAUCGUCUCUGACAGCUGUCAAUACUAGUUAGCCGAAGACCGGUUGUAGCAGCAGUGCACACUUAGUUCAUUCGGAAUCGUUUCUGUCGUAGGUUUACAUUGAAAUAUUAGAGAUGAGUAUGAAGAAGUGCCAAAUCGAUGUCGUCAUUGUAGGAUCAUGUAAUAUGGACCUGAUAAGCUAUGUGUCAAGAUUUCCCAAGCCUGGUGAAACCAUCCAUGGGAAGCGAUUCUGCACAGGUUUUGGAGGAAAGGGAGCUAAUCAAUGUGUUAUGGCUUCAAGACUAGGUGCUAAGACUGCUAUGGUGGGCAAGGUUGGAGAUGAUUCUUAUGGCAGAGAUACAAUAAUGAACUUCAAAGAGAAUAAUGUUGUUACAGAUUUUCUGAACACUACCAAAGAGUCUUCUACAGGUGUUGCUCCUAUACUAGUUGAUGACAGUGGUCAGAACUCGAUAGUGAUCGUGAGUGGGGCUAACUUUCAGAUCACCCCAGUUGAUGUACAGCAAGCCCUAAGUCAGAUGGAGUCCCCAAAGGUGUUGGUAUGUCAGUUAGAGAUCCUCCAAGAAACCGUUUUAGCUGCCUUGAAGGAAGCCAGAGCCCUUGGAAUCACAACUAUACUCAAUCCUGCCCCUGGAGUACCUGGUUUACCUGAUGAAUUCUACCAGUAUAGUGACUUUUUUUGCCCAAAUGAGACUGAGACAGAACUCCUGACUGGUCUCUCUGUAUCCUGUGUAGAAGAAGCUAAGAAAGCAUCUUUAGUUCUGCUUGAUAAGGGAUGCAAGACUGCUAUUAUCACAAUGGGAGGUGAGGGGGCUGUCUAUGCCACUGCUGAAGCAAGAACUCCCCUUCAUGUUCCGGUUGAUGCCGUGACACCAGUUGAUACCACAGGAGCAGGUGAUGCAUUCAUUGGUUCUCUGGCCUUCUAUCUUGCUAAUCACUCAUCUCUAGAGCUGGGUGAGAUGAUAAAGAGAUCAUGCGAGAUUGCUUCUACAAGUGUUUUGUCUCCUGGAACUCAGACCAGCUUUCCAUGGAAACAAAGUCUUCACCCUCACCUCUUAUGAAUAUUUCCCCAAAUUUACCUCUUCAUCAAUCUUUGUACCUUGGCAUUAAAGAUGAAGUUGAGUUCUGGUCAUGCGAUUGCAUUAUGAAAGAAACGGUGUGGAACCGACCAGAAAAGGUUGAUCAUCUAGCAUAUAAGAA